AUGUCCAAGGAUCAGCAGAACCCAACAGCCCUCGAUGUCCUCAUCGUGGGUGCCGGCUUCAACGGGCUGUACCAGCUCUGGAACCUGCGCAAGCACGGCUACCGCGUUCUCGUUAUUGAAAGGGGCAGCGAUAUGGGCGGCGUCUGGCACUGGAACAACUACCCCGGUGCGCGCGUCGAUAGCGAGAUCCCUGAGUACGAACUGUCCAUCCCCGAGCUCCAGGAGGACUGGACAUGGUCCGAGCGAUUCCCCGCCGGCCCUGAGAUCCAGCGGUACUUUGCGCAUAUGGAUCAGAAGCUGAAACUCCGGCCGGACUGCCUGUUCAACACCCGGGUCACUGCCGCCCAGUUUGCUCCUGCCCGCCACCAGUGGCUCGUGGAGACUGACACCGGCCGCCAGUUUCAGGCGCGCUUUCUCCUGCUGGCCACGGGCUUCGCUGAAAAGCGCAACCAGCCGGACUGGCCGGGGCUUGACGAGUUCCGCGGCCGCAUCGUGCAUUCCUCCUUUUGGCCGCGCGAGGGGAUCAAUCUCGAGGACAAGCGCGUCGCAGUGGUGGGCACAGGGCCUUCCGGUGUCCAGGUGGCGGAAGCAGCGUCCAAGGUUGCUCGCCAGUUAAUCGUGUUCCAGCGCCGUCCAAACUUUGCGCUCCCCAUGACGCAGGUGCGCUACGAUACCGCGAAUCCGUAUCCGCGGGACCAGUUUCAGCGUAUCUUCGACGAGCGCGGCGAUCAUUUCUGCGGCCUGUCGUGGGACUUCAUCCAGAAGAACGCAACCGAGGACAGCCCCGCGCAGCGGCAGGCAACUUACAACCGCCUUUGGGAUGAGGGCAGCCUGCGGUUCUGGCUUGGAGCCUACCAGGACAUCUUUUUCUCCGAGCAAACCAACCGGGAGGCCUAUGACUUCUGGCGGGCAAAGACGCUGCCCCGUAUCAAGAAUCCGGAGCAGCGAGAAAUCCUCGCGCCGGCUGUGCCGCCUUAUCCGUUUGGCACCAAACGCAUUGCGCUCGAGCAGGCGUACUUUGAGAUGUUCAGCCAGGACCAUGUCGACCUGGUCGACCUGCAGACGACCCCCGUCACGCAUGCUACCGAAACAACCAUUUGCACCACCUCGCAGGCCUUCGAGGUCGACAUCCUGGUGCUGGCUACCGGCUUUGAUCUCAUCACCGGUGGCCUGAACCAGAUCGCGAUCAAGAAUGGCCAGGGCAAGCUGUUGUCUGACUACUGGGCCACAGGCAUCUCGACCUAUCUGGGCAUGACGGUGGCCGGCUUUCCCAACCUCUUCAUCCAGUACGGUCCACAGGCCCCGACAACGUUUUGCAAUGGCCCCGCGUGUGCUGAGGUCCAGGGCAACUGGGUGCGGGACUGUCUCAACUAUCUCCGUGAUCACGGUCUCUCCACCAUCGAAGCCAGCGCUCAGGCUGAGCAAGAAUGGGUGGAGCUGGUGCACCAGUUAGGUGCUGCAAGCUUGUUGCCCAAAUCAAAAACUUCCUACAUGGGUGACAAUGUUCCCGGAAAACGUCGGGAGAUCUUGAGUUACCUCGGAGGUCUCCCCAAAUAUCGCCAGAUCUGCCAGGAGUGUGCCGAACAAGGAUACCGCGGAUUUCUCCUGGCAUAA